AUGCCUAACACGCACCUCACGUACGUCCCUAACAGAGAACUGUUUAUGUGCAAAGUGAAGACACGAGAUUGGGCCACGGACCGUCGGAGCGAAGGCCUUGGGCCGCGAUCAAUAGAUCUCUCCGCUUACAAAGCUCCGCCCACCACCGUAUUCCAUACUACCGUCUUGCCUUAUACACGAAUCUCUAGUUGCGAAGUGCUAUUUUGUCGAGGAAAAAUAAUGCUAUAA